AUGUAUACUAGUGAAAUCAUUGUGACAGAAGACAAUGUGCAAACUCUCUUACCAGCUGCAGACUUUUUACUGAUGAGAGCUGUUCGUGAAAAAUGCUGUGAAUUUCUCGAAUCACAUCUUCAUGUCAGUAAUUGUUUGGGUAUUCGAAAGUUUGCUGUUUUCUAUAACUGUUCCAGUUUACGUAGGUCCUGUGAAAGCUUCAUAAUACGCAAUGUCAGUGAAGUACUCAAAACAGAGGAGUUCACACGAUUGAAUCCAGAUGAACUUUUGGAAUUUGCUUCUAUCUUCGCCUCAAACAUCCCAUUGCGCAACGACCUUCGAGCGUAUGCUGAGUUCGUUCGUCAAAGUGUAAAUGAACAACGAAGAUAA